ACGUUCAGUCAUUUUGAAAGGAGAAGGCGUGCGUUACGGCCGGUGUGCUAGCUAUUCUCAAAAUAGAAUUAUCGUAAUUUAAGACGAUAAUAUUUCAAGUUUUAAAUAAUUUUCGAGUUAUUUUAUUAAAUACUUAAGAUGGCAGAACAGGGUUUCUUGAAACAAAAACCUGGUUUCGCGACUCUCGCUAUUCACCACGCUCAAGAACCGGAAAAAUGGAGUUCGUCUGCCGUUGUUGUACCCAUCGUCACAUCCACAACGUUUAAACAGCCGGCGCCUGCUGAACAUACGGGUUUUGAAUACGGUAGAUCAGGAAACCCAACGCGGAACGUUCUUGAAGAAUGCCUAGCCGCACUAGAGGGCGGAAAGCACGGCUUCACCUUUGCCUCGGGCUUGGGAACUACGACCACACUUCUAGGCCUGCUUAAAUCGGGUGACCACAUUAUUUCCGGCGACGAUGUAUACGGCGGCACCAACAGAUUGUUCAGAACCGUGGCAGCCGCAAUGAACAUAGAAACAACAUUCGCCGAUUUCACAAAGCCCGACGAAGUUGAUAAAGCAGUUAAGGAAAAUACAAAGAUGGUGUGGUUAGAAACCCCAACGAACCCCAACCUGAAGAUCGCCGACAUCGCCACCGUAGUCAAAGCCGUGAAGAGCCACGGAGAGCACAUAUUGGUAGUGGUGGACAACACUUUCCUGACUUCAUACCUCCAGAGGCCGUUAGACUUCGGGGCUGAUGUAGUCAUCUAUUCCCUCACGAAAUACAUGAACGGUCACUCUGACGUCAUCAUGGGGGCCGCGAUUCUAAAUAAUGACGAACUCGCAGAGAGACUCCGAUUCCUACAAAACGCAAUGGGCGUGGUGCCGUCUCCGUUCGACUGCUACCAAGUGAACCGCAGCUUGAAGACCCUGGCCCUCCGCAUGGAACAGCAUAAGAAGUCUGCACAAAUCAUCGCUGAGUGGCUAGAGAAGCACCCGAACGUCACAGAAGUUAUGCAUCCAGGUCUGAAAUCUCACCCACAGCACGAGCUGGCGAAGAAACAGAUGACGGGCCAUUCUGGAGUGUUCAGUUUCAAGCACUCGGGCGGUCUGCAGGAGUCCAGAAAGUUCCUGCAGAGCUUGAAGGUGUUCACGCUGGCCGAGAGCUUGGGCGGAUACGAGAGUUUGGCUGAGCUACCAUCAGUAAUGACGCACGCGUCCGUGCCAGCGGCGCAGCGCGCCGAGCUCGGCAUCACUGACUCGCUCAUCCGCCUCUCCGUGGGACUCGAGGACACGGAAGACCUCAUCAAGGACCUGGACCACGCCUUUAAUGUUAGCUUCUGAUCUUACUAACAUUGAUCCCAUAUAGGACCUUUACACGGUAUGAGAUUCUAGUGUUGAACAUACUACUAACGUAACACGAAAAUUUACACGCAUGACAUUGCAUCUUAAAUUUAUACAAUACAUGCCUUGCCAUGAAUAGCUAAUGUCGGUUGGGUAAGUAAAUAGUAUUCCUUACGAGUGUCGUAUUCAUGUUGUGACAUUAUCAUUUAAUUUUAAUUUUUGACAUGAAUGUAAACAGUUUUGUUAGAUAAUCACCUAGUAAUUAACGACCUACGGUAAUGGCAUAGGUACGUUUGAUGUUUCGCCCAAAAUCGGACGAGAAACUCGCACCAUGUAAAUGCAGAAACACUAUCACUGAAAGUCACCAUUUUUUAGUAUCAACUAUUAUUGUUUUAUUAUACAUUAAUGAAACAAGAUCUGCAGUUUUGAAUUGUAGUUUUAGUCAACAAGGUAUAAAUAAUAUGUAUGUCAAGAUGAAAGUCGUAUGGAGAUAUGACUAAUCGACUUAGAAUGGUAUAUUAUAUUCGCUACCUGAUUUGUUCAUUUGAUGGUUUAUGAAUUUAUUAUCUAUUAGUUUUAAGAAACCAGAUUCUGAAAGUCAUUCUAAACUUAUCACUGUCACUGAUGUAAUAGGUUUAAUAAUGGGUUGUUCUCAUUUUUUGUUGGUUUCAUAGACUUGAAACAACCUUAAUAACAAUAAAUGGUAUUAUGUACUUUUUAAAGCAUCAAAUGAGAUAAUCGGGCUGUAUGCAAUGAUCUUCAGACUCAAUGUGAUAUUACUAACUUACACUUAUUCCUACAUCACAUAUAUUUUAAUGUUCAAUUAGAACGAACGAAGUAUUUAUUAUCUACAAUCGUUCAUGGCACAGCCACUUUUAAAUGUAUUUAUUUUAUUAUCUUCCCGUCUGUUGUGUGUCUGAUAUAUUUAGAUAAGAGUAAAGUUAUUGGCGGUAGUGUUGUAGGCAAAAAUAUACCUUAUCUUCACAUAAUUAAAGCUUAUAAUACAACCAUUGAACCUAAACCGAAAUUGUUAAAAGAAAAGGCCUACUUUCCUCGAGAAUAAGACAAACUACUUUUUGCAAUAUUUUCUCAAGUUAUAACGCCACUCAAUAUUUUAGUUUAAAUCCCUGAAUUUAAUCAUCAACUUGUAUUUAGAAAACUUGCCUACCAUUCAACAAACUUACAAGAUUACUGAAUGAGCGACAUCACUACAUCCUGUUAUAACAAUAACUACAAAAAGCCGGUGAAAGACGACGUGUCAUUCAAUGUAAACCAAUUUAUAUUCAGCGUAGGAUUACAAUGGAAACUAUAUUAGCAUAAGUCAAGUGAGGCUAAUGUUACUUUAGUAGUGCAAAAGGUCUUUUUUUUCUCUUUUCCGAUUGUAUUUCUACUAGUUAUAAAAUAUAAACAUAAUUAAUUAAAAUUAACAUUUAUCUCAAGUUUUUUCCUAGUGAUUUAAUCACAAACACAUUUCCUUUGAAAUAUCUUGAAAUGUUUGAUUGUUAUCUACUAUAGGUUUUUAUGUGAAAUAUCUUGUUCCUACCAGGAAAAAUAACCUAUGAAAGAUGUAAAAGUAGAUAAGUAUUAACCGGAAAUUCAAUUCCUAUAUGUAACCCUACCUCACCUAGUAGAAAAUUGUAUAUUCGAAAUAUUUAUGUAUAUAGGUAAGGAACAUAUAUUAUUAAAAUUUUAUAAUCAAAUAAUCAUGUAAUGUUUUGAUACUGCAGCAAUAUAAUUGUUCGCAUUUUAAUUGUUUGAAUACCUUUGUUGUUUGAAUUAUUGUUACAAGUUACCUACAUUAAGUUUAAGAUUUAUUUUAUUAUUUAUCAUAUAUGUUUAUUAAUAUUUUUUAUGGACAGGAAUACAAAGUGUGUGAAUACGAUGUUAUUAAAAUGAAAUGAUCUGCUUUUUA